UCCCAGAAUGCCUCAGCCGGCGUGGAGCGCCUCCUGCUGGGGAACAAGUGUGACAUGGAGAUGAAGCGCAAAGUCUCCCGGGACCAAGCCGAGAAGCUGUGCAGGGAACACGGGAUCAAGUUCUUUGAGACCAGCGCCAAGUCCAGCUUGAACGUGGAGGAGGCGUUCAAUACUUUGGCUCGCGACAUUCUUCUCAAAUCGGUCAAGAAAUCGGCUCAGCUCCCCAAGAGGCCUCUGGAACCGAAAGCCACACCAAAAACCAGCUCCAAGUGCUCCUUGCUGUAACCGCCAGCCAGCCCGUUUGGAAACAUCCCUAUCCCGGGCCGUUUGGCCCCUCUGCCUCCCCCCCAGACUCCCAGUCGUUUCGGGCUGGAUCCUGGAAGGACUUGGACACCAUUUCCCUGACUUCUUAUUCUUCUUCAUCAUCGUCGUUUUCCAUUUGGGGACUCUGC